AUGGCAUCAUCCCUUUUAGGCCUAGUCCUAUGUACUUGUCUGAUCAUUUUCUUUGCUGCCACGAAUACUUCUGUUGAAGCUGCCAUGCAAUUCAAAGUUGGUGGUCACUUAGGUUGGCAUGAACCUGGUCCCAACAAUACUGAAUUUUAUAUCCAAUGGGCUGAAAUGAACAGAUUUCAAAUUGGAGAUUCUCUGGUUUUUGAGUACCAGAAUGAUUCAGUUCUUACAGUGGAGAAAAUGGAUUACUUUAAUUGUGACUCAAGUGACCCCAUCACUGCCUUUGACAAUGGGAAGAGCACUCUUAAUCUUGACAGGCCUGGGGCCUUCUACUUCAUCAGUGGAACUGAUGAUCACUGCAACAACGGGCAAAAAUUACUUGUGGAGGUGAUGCACCCACAUCCAAUUCCAAAAUUUCCACCUUCCAUUUCCCUUCCACCUGAAGGUUUCUCCCCAGUGGCUUCUUCACCUUCUUAUACCAUAGAGGUUUCAGCCUCAAUGGUGCUUAGUCCAAUUUUUAUGUGUCCUUUGGCCUCGCUUGCAAGUGUGAUGAUGCUGUUAGCACCCUGA